AGCAGUCGGCAUCAGUUGUAUCUCCCAACAACCGGCAGCACCAUGUUCAAGUUCGUAGUAUUGUGCGCUCUGAUCGGGGCCGCGGUGGCCGAGCCUGAGCCCGGAGCGGUGUUCAGCUCCUACGCCUACCCGGGCGCCUACUUGUCGUCGGCGCCGGCGUACAUCCCCAGCGCCUACAGCAACGUCGUGUACAACUCGCCCCUGGUGCAGCCUACCUACAGCACCUACUCCGCGCCGCUGGCCCACCUCAUCAAGAAGCGCUCCGUGCUGGUCGGCUCGCCCGCGCUCACCACGUACGCCGCCGCCCCCUACGCCACCUCGUACGCCGCCGCCUACCCCGCCAUCUCUCCCCUGGCCACCAGCUACGCCGCCGCCAUCCCCACCACGUACUCGUCUCCCCUCUUCACCACCGCCCACCUCAUCAAGAAGAGGUCCGCGCCCCUGAUCGUGCCGUCCGCCUACUCCGCCAUCUCUCCCCUGGCUACCGGCUACGCCGCGACCGGCUCCUUCUACACGCCAACAAUCGGCGCCGCAUCCUACAUCUCAUCCCCCUACGUCUCCUCCCUGCCUCUCGCCUACGGAGCUCCGUUCAUCAAGAAGUAAGAAAUAAAAUUAUAUGGAUAUCAAAAUGGAAAAUUCAAGACAGGAAAUCUUAGCCAUCAUAAUUUUCACGACAUCUGUGUUAUCUGACCACCACUUUAAAGUUAUGUAAAUA